AGCAAAAAGUGCAACGACUCAAUUUUCGCCCAAAAUGGGUUUGGCCGCCCCUAAACAGCGCAACAAGAUCGGCGCAGAUCCAAACAACACGAAGUGGGCAAAGUCUACAGACCGAUUUGGCCACAAAAUUCUCACAGCUCAAGGCUGGAAGCCUGGCGAGACUCUUGGAGCGGAGAAUGCCUCGCAUGCUUCACACUACACAGCAGCGAGUUCAUCACAUAUCCGGGUAUUGCUGCGAGAGGAUGGACUGGGGCUAGGGGCGAAGAAUGGCAGGCAAGACGCCGACAGAUUCGGAUUGGAUAUGUUCCAAGGUUUACUUGGAAGACUGAAUGGAAAGAGCGAAGAAGAGCUUCAAAAGGAAGCCGGAUAUCGAAGAGACAACAACCUGAGGGAACUGGUGGUAAAGAAAUUUGGCGGCACCACUUUUGUUAGCGGAGGUUUCUUAGUGGGAGAUAAGAUCGAAAAGACAGGGCAACCAGUCUCGAUAUCGACAGAGGAAGUUCCAGUCAGGACUAAGGAGAAAAGUUCUAAGAAGCGAAAACGAAGCCAUGGAGCUGAAGACACAGACAACUUCAGCGAGGUACAGAAGAAAUCAAAGUUGGAAAAACAGGGCAAAGACUCAAGGAACGUCGUCGUCUCCAAAGAAAAUGGAAGGUCGAAGAAGGAAAAGAAACAAACAGUUGAAAGUGAACAGCACUCGGUCGCGGAAAUGGAGCAGCAGGGCAGUCUUCAGCCGGCUGGAGACGAAUGUGAUUCAGAACCUAUCGAGCUGCUGAGGGAGAAGGAGCUCAAGCGUCAGCGAAAAGCCGAGAAGAAAGCUGCUAAAGAAGCCAAGCGAUUGCAGAAGCAAGAACGUAAACGCAAGCGAAGGGAGGAGGAGCUUAAGGAAGAAGCAACCACUGUUUCCUCUACGCCGAUGGACACAAGUGAGACGGAAACUUGCAGUGACAAUCCCGCAAGUGGCUUACAAAGGACGGCAGCAGUUCCUAGAGGACGGUUUGCUGUCAGAUCAAGGUAUUCUCAGCAAAAGCGGCUGGCGGUUGCUGAUCCCCAAGCGCUUAAAGAGAUUUUUAUGAUUAAAGCUGGGGCGUGAUUGUGCUGUCUAAUUGGCCACCCAGAUACCCAAACUAUAUAUGGCAUAACUUAGAUAUAAAAGUUGCACUUUGAACCAGCUUCCGUUAGUGUCG